UCGUUGAAGUUCAAAGUCUCUUUCUUACUGUUGAGUUUAUUCCCAUAUCAUACUAUAUAAAUAAGAUAUACAGUUAACAGUCUUACAGUCAAGUCAUGCCGUUCAGCGAGCGACAUAACGCCGAUAAUUGUGAUAUUUUGCUCAGCCUAUCAACGGAGUAGGAAGAGAGCACCGUCCGUGUAGAUGAGGAAACCAGGAAGUGUCUUAGCAAUCUAAUCGUUGCUCUGAGCGAUGUCUGUUAUGAAACUACUGGGCGUCACUCUGGGAAAAGCUACCUUGAUCUUGACUGUCGCAUUUGUUGUCAUUGCAGUGGUUUUGAAUUACUUCGACGACCCUGAUCCGGUUAAAUACACCAGCAUGGCAGAGGACGUGAAGACUCUGGAGGAAAACUUCCGGCAGCAAAACAAAAGCUGUUUCGUCCUGGGUGCCUCUGGGGAAACAGGCAGGCUGUUGCUUCAGGAGCUGCUGGAGUGCAACAUCUUCUCCAAGAUUACUCUCAUCGGAAGGAGACUGCUCACCUUUGAGGACAAAGCAUAUGAAAACCUGGCUCAAGAGGUGGUGGACUUUGAGAAGCUUGAUGAUCAUGCUGCUGCCUUUCAGGGCCACGAUGUUGGCUACUGCUGCCUGGGAACAACCAGAGCCAAAGCAGGGGCUGAAGGAUUCGUCCGCGUUGAUCAUGACUACGUUCUAAAAUCAGCAGAGCUCGCCAAGUCAGGAGGCUGCACACAGUUCCACCUGGAGUCCUCCAGAGGAGCCGAUAAAAACAGCAACUUCCUCUACCUUCAAGUCAAGGGACAAGUGGAAGCAGAUAUUGAGGCUCUGGGUUUCGACAGAUAUGCCAUUUACAGACCAGGGGUUUUGUUGGUAGAUCGGCAGGAGAGUCGGCCUGGCGAGUGGAUGGCCAGGAAAUUCUUCAGUGCCUUGUCUGCUGUGGGUUCUACGUCCAUGUCCAUCCCAAUCCAAGUGGUGGCAAAAGCGAUGGUGUCAAACACUCUGCUUCAACCCGAGCAGAAGACCGAGAUCCUGGAAAACAAAGCCAUCGCCCAGCUGGGAAAGAGUGCAGGGAAGUAAGAGAGAGCAGGAAAUACACUGAGGUAAUUUCAGCAGCUAUAGAGACGACUACACACCAUCAUCAUCAUCUUACUCACUUUAAAACUGACAUUACUUUAUCUGUGAAUUUUGCAGAAAACCAAAUCCAUGAAAAGUGCUUCUUAUCGUGAGUCUGCUGGAUUCUCUAAGUUGUAUUUGGACUUAAUUUCUUUGGUCUUGAAUCAUAUGUAUGUUAUGAAUGUAAUGUUUUCAUCAGGGAACUAUUGCCAGGCUUGUUGAUGUUCACCAUUUGCGCUAUGAGGCAAUGGACUGAAUAACUGCCUUAAUGUUGUUUUUUUGAAGUUUAUUCUACACUAGAUAAAAUAUUAGAUGUUGUUAAACUAUUUUCAUUAAAUUAUUAUGAAUAUUUAACUGAGUGUGUUUGAUUUAGGAAAAGGUUUCCUUAAAUGGCUACUGUAUGAAUAUUAAUAAUCUCUGGUGUCUCUGUGCCAUAUGGUACAUCUUCAUAUUGCAUAUAUAUACACAAUAUCUAUGCUCUGCUACAUUACAGGUAAUAUACAGGAGGGUAUUUGUUCAUUUUAGAUUUAACAUCAGCUGUAACAUGCAGAUAUAAUGCCAUCAAUCAAAGAUAUGAAUUACUAUUUCUACAGUCAUUCCAGUAAUAGAACAAUUUUGAAUAAUCUUUAUUGAUCAUUAUGUUUUUUCGACAUGUCUCUAAAGCUACGUGGUGGGUUUACAACUUAAGUUACCAGUUUAAGGUCUUCUGUUAUACUGAUAUUGAUUUUGAUGAAUGAUGAUGAAUAUUAAUAUAUGUUUUCUUUUGUAUUUUAAUCGUCUGGUUCAUUUGUUUUCUUUUUUGUACGUAAAUCAUCUUGGAACCAAAUAAAACUAUGCAUGUC